AAGUCAUCAUCCAGUCAGUUUGGAUGCUGUAAAAUCAAAAUUAAGUGAACGUACAGAAUCUCUAUACUCGAAUUCUUUUAACAUACCUGCAUCAAGCAAUGAACUGAAUACUACAGCUAGCAAUAUCCUUGAUUUGAGAAUGCCAGCGAGAACGCUAUCUCAGCUACCGUCUACAUCCUCUCCAGUAACAAGUGGUGAGAUAUGUUACAUAUGUGGGCUGGAAUCAAAAUUUAUAUUUAAUGUAUUUGCAAAACCUGUUCCUAACUGCCCAUAUUUUCCCAGCCUCAUGAUGCAUCCCAAACCUGUUAAUGCAAAACCUAUGGAUAACAGUGGUAAAGUGAGUGCUUGUGACAUGUGUCAUAAAUCACUGAUUCAGCAAUGGGAUAGUUAUCAGAGGCAAAAUGUGCCACAUCAUGAACGGGCUUAUCAGUGUAAAUCUCUCACAACUUCAGUAAAACAGGAAAUUCGAAUGAAAGACAAAUUAUUUGUGUGUUAUACAUGUGGUAUGAUUACUCAGUUGUCUGCACAAAGGUUUAUAAAUGCCUAUCCAGAAAAAGAAGGUGAUCCUUUCUUUUCAUUUCUUCUGAAUGUUAAUCCUCAUCCUGGUGCAAAUAAACUAGUAGGUGGAAAAGCCUCAGUGUGCUCUUUGUGUUAUAAAACUUUGUUUCGUCAGCUUCGUGUAUAUAAAUUGUCUGAUACACCUGAAGAAAAGCGUAAGUAUAAAAUUGUAAAUGAAUCUGCAUCAGAUAGUUCUAGCAUGCUUCGACAGCAUCUGAAAAGCUCUAAAAAUCGUAAUGAAGAGAAAUUUGCUUGUUAUCUAUGUGAAUUAAUAUCAGAGUCAUUAAUUCUUGUCAAUACAUUACCAGUGGGGGAUAUUUACUUCCCGUUCAUUAGGAGUUUACCUCAGCCUUCGAAUGCAGGUCCUGUGGAUAGUCAAGGAUGUGUUAAAAUAUGCAAGCAAUGCCAUAUAUCUUUAACUUACCAGUGGGAAGCUUUUGAAAGAGCCUUUAUACCCAUUAAUCAAAGACAAUAUAAAAUACCAGGAUCCAAGCUGCCAAAUGUUGAAAUCAAACCUGUUAUAAAUUCAAUACAGCAGUCUAAUUCUGUGGAUCCAUCUUCUUCCAGUUCUAUCAACACAAGUAAUCAAGAUGAAUAUGCUUUAAAAUUUGUUUCUAGUAGUAAUGUUUGCAGCUUAUGUGAAUGCCCAUUAAAUUCUGAAAAUGUUUGUUUUAUAGAAACUGUACCUCAAGAAAAAAAUAUGUAUUUUCCUUCUCUUAGACUACUUAUCAAACCGAAUAAUCGAAAAAAUAUUGACCAGUAUGGUAGAAUCCUUGGAUGCAACCAGUGUUAUUUAAUUUUAAAAAAUCAGUGGGAAGUGUUUGAAUCAGCGCAUGUCCCUCAUUCACAGAGGCAAUAUGAAAUUUUUUCGUCUUCUCUGGAAAGAGAGCAGGGUGCACAAUUUACAAAUAAUGUCUGCCUAUCAAAUGCAAGUGCAGCUCUACACAUACAAGUGUCGUCUCCUGAUAUUAAGGUAGACCUAUCCAAGCAUUCAUCUAAUGUUGAACCAUUGCUCACAACUGUAAAUACACUGACUGUAUCUAGUGUUACUGAAACCAGUGCUUCAAUGUUGACUUCAGAUAACAGUCCAAAUGAUAUUAAAACACUAUCUGGAAAACUUCCAUGCAAUCCAGAGGAAACAGUUCCUCGAAUAUGUGGUCCUUUAGAUAUCCCCUACGUUCGACCACUGUUUCUGAUGCAAAUUAAUUGUUUUGUUUGUGGAGAACCUAAUUCUUCUGGUCUUACUUAUGCAAUCAGAUCAGGACCAAUUGUGAUGUCUAAUAUUGAUAAAGUGUCAGAAGAAGUGCCAUUUUUUCCUUUUCUUACAAAGCAUCCACUGCCUGAAGGAGCAGAAAGGUUAAGUAAUGAUGGUAAUGCUUUAGUUUGUAUGUUUUGUUAUCAUUCUUUAAUAUCCCAAUGGCUUGCCUAUGAAUCUUCUCCUUACCAAGAGGAUGCAAAUCCUUGGCAUCGGCGCUACAACACUCAUAAUUAUGUGUGCUAUAUUUGUGGCAUCACAACUUAUCGUAAAAGAGUAUGUUCCAUAUCUGUUAAGGACUUUCCAUUCCUAUUGGAACACACUAGACCUUCUGGGGCUCUGACUCUUUUGAAUGGAGAAUGUGUUGUCACAUGCCAAACGUGUUUUGAAUCCAUAAUAUCUCAGUGGAAAGAUUUUGAAAGAAUGAAAGUACCUGUGGAGAUGAGGAAAUAUAAUUGGAUAGUUUUGCCUCCACCACCAGAUGAUGAAAACAGCAAAGGGUGCCAAAUUUUG